CGACAGGUACUGUUUCGUCACAGUGGGAUCGAAAAGGGCGGAGGGUGUUUUAGUUAAGAGAAGGAACGAUCAUCUAGCUUAAUUUAGAAGGAAGGAUAGAAAAUACGUUAUCACAUUUUUGCGUGUCUGUUUCAUCUAUCAUCGACCUUAAAGUGAUUUUUUUUAUACCUACAAGGUUAAACACCUGAAUUUCACAGAUCUAUUGCUGGUCUGUUUGGUUACUUUUUUGUUAAUGAAGUGUUAAGCACUUUUGGAUUCUGCCUGGAAGUAUUAGCCAUAGCAAGGGGAUGAGCUCGGUUGCAUUUCAAAAUAAGGAUCAAAAUGGUAGGCAUGAGAAUGUUACCUUCUUGGACAAUAAACGGAAGAAGCCGUCUCACACGAAGAAGCGGCUGGUGAUAGGACUCAUAGUUAUGCUGGCUUUUUUAGCUGCUGCAGGGGUGCUGGUCUGGUUCUUUACAAUUAAGCCCUACACCUCAGGGACACUGCUGGAGAGGAAGAAGGGCCCGGGGACUCGUGUUUUUACUGGCCACCUACGACUGGCCAAUGUUAAUUACAGUGAACAGCUGGAGGACCCCAACAGCCAGCAGUUUGCAGACCUGGCAGAUAACCUGCAGGAAGUUUUGCACAAUACUUUUGAAAAUGAUGUUUUUCUCUCCAAGUACUAUAACCAGUCUGUGGUUUCUGGUUUCAGUGAAGGUGUACUUGUGUACUACUGGAGCAGGUUUGACAUCCCUGUCACAGAACUAGAAAUCAUUUCACAAUUUACAGAUGAGCGAAUCAUCAGUGUCUUGCGGGGUAGCAUCAGAGCAGAGGGAAAUCAAAGGACUCGAGAGCUGUUCAUCACUGACAUCACAGCAUUGCGUGCUGAUCCACGGCUGGUCAUAAACCCACGAACUGAAGAUUGCUUUUCACACCUUGAAGCCGUCAGCACACCCCAGACCUUUACUUCCCCUGGUUUCCCUAAAAAAUAUCCAGCUCAUGCCCGCUGCCAGUGGCAGAUCCGGGCUCCUAAAAGGGCCACCAUCUUGGUUAAAUUUCUUGUCUUCAAUGUGCUGGAUGACUGCUCCAACGACUUUGUGUCCUUCUACGAUUCACUCAGCCCUGAGGAAUCCAAGGCCAUCACAGAGAAGUGUGGUCAGAGGCCUCCCAGCAACCCCCUUGAGGUUGUGUCAUCAAGCAACCUAAUGUCAAUAAACCUGGUAUCGGACAGUGGCAGGGAGAAACCUGGCUUCAGUGCUAUGUACAUGUUCGUCCCCUUAAUCACAGCUAACCAAUGUGGAGGACGAUUGACCAAUAAGUCUGGGAGUUUCCACUCUCCACAUUACCCCAGCUUCUACCCUAAUUCUGUAGACUGCAAAUGGACAAUUGAGGUACCUGCAAACAUGAAAAUCCAGCUGAGAUUCACUAUGUUUCGCAUGAAGGAACCAAAAGUGGAUGUUAAGGUCUGCCACAAGGACUAUGUAGAGGUGUUGGGCACAAAAUACUGUGGAGAGAAGUCUUUGCUGGCCCUUUCAAGCCAGAACAACACACUAGAAGUCACGUUCCAUUCAGAUGAGUCAUACACAGACAAAGGCUUCAGGGCAACAUACGUUGCCUAUGACCCCGUGAACCCCUGCCCUAAUCAGUUUGCAUGUGCCAGUGGAUUCUGCAUCGCGAAACAACUACACUGUGAUGGCUGGAAUGAUUGUGGAGAUCGAAGUGAUGAAGAACAAUGCAAAUGUGACCAUGAGCAGUUUUCCUGUGCCAAUGGCAGAUGCAAACCCCUUUACUGGGUGUGUGACAGUGUCAAUGACUGUGGUGACGGCAGUGAUGAGAAGGAUUGUGGAUGUGAGGAGAGCGAAUGGAGGUGUUCUGACGGGAUGUGCAUUUUGAAAACCCUGAUGUGUGAUGGAAAGAAGGACUGCUUAGAUGGGAGCGAUGAGUCAAACUGCAUCACAGAAUCAUCUCGAAGGAUUAAUGUCUGCACUGACUACACCUUCAAAUGCAAGAGUGGGGAGUGUGUGCACAAAAUCAACGCAGAGUGCGACCUGACCAAUGACUGCAGUGACGGAUCUGAUGAAGAGGGCUGCAUGUGUGGCACCAGGCCCUACAAGCACAACCGCAUCGUGGGUGGCCAGAAUGCUGACAUUGGGGAGUGGCCAUGGCAAGUCAGCCUACACUUCAUGACCAAUGGCCACGUCUGCGGUGCCUCCAUCCUGUCCAAGACUUGGCUACUAUCAGCUGCUCACUGCUUCCAAACGACCUCCCCUGAAAAUCUCAUUCCUGACAACUGGCGGGCAUACAGCGGAUUGCGCACCCAGUACUCUGAGGAAAACGUGCAGAUGCGCAACAUCAAAAGGAUAAUCACCCACCCGGAAUAUAAUGACAUGACGAACGAUUAUGACAUUGCCCUGCUGGAGCUGAACGAGCCACUGCUCUUCACCAACACAAUCUACCCCAUCUGCCUGCCUGACAGCACUCACGUCUUCCCAGCAGGGCUUUCCUGCUGGGUGACGGGCUGGGGGAUGCUGCGAGAAGGAGGUAACACUGCACCAAUCUUGCAGAAAGCAGAGGUGAAGGUCAUCAACGACACAAUCUGUGACACGGUAACAGAGGGCCAGGUGACUUCCAGGAUGCUCUGCAGUGGGUUUCUAGCGGGAGGUGUUGAUGCCUGUCAGGGAGACUCAGGGGGCCCUUUGGUAUGCAGAGAGGAGAGUGGCAAGUGGUUCCAGGCUGGCAUCGUGAGCUGGGGCGAGGGCUGCGCCCGCAGAAACAAGCCCGGGGUCUACACACGCGUUACCAAGCUGCGGGACUGGAUCCGGGAGGAAAGUGGGGUGUAGAUCAGGCAUAUCCAGCAGGAAAAUGGGGGCAGUUUCAGAAAAUUCACAUGUAAUACCGACAUGCAGGUCACUCGAGCAACUGUUAUAAACAGAUUGAAGGUGUUGGGAUGAAAAGUUUCAGAAAAUUUGUGAACAUUCUCUUCAAUCAAUACUGUUUUAAAUUGAUAUUAAUUAACAAUAAAAUAUAUACGAAUAAACAUUAAUACAAUAAAAAGUAAUGUCUUGGGGACACCCCUCGCAUUCAUGAAUUUGUCACAUUUCACCACCAGCUCACUUUAAUUAAAAUAACUUAAUUAGCUAUUGAAGUUUAGGAGGUAUUGAUGAGCCAAAUAAUGUGUGCUGGUGGUCAAGUUCAACACAUAGAUGGGCAUGUUGGAUGUUAACUGCAAAUCCUGUAGUUGUUUGAUGAGAAGUUUUAAAAUGGCUAACAUGACACUUUGAUGGACAUACAGUCAUAGUUUUACAAAAUCAUAUUUAUUAUGUGGUGGCCUAAGAGAUUUUAUCCACGAGGUAGCUCUCAAAUAUUAACCAUAUUCAGCAAGUUUGCUAUCAGAUGACCUUUGGCCAUUAGAUGGGAUAAUUUGCAUAGUUUUCUGAGGUAUGAAAGGCCAGGCUGAUCAUAUACAUUAAGAGAAUUAGGAGAAUUUUUUUUUGGUGAAAUUUUAAUAUAGUUGUGAUGUUUUAUGUGUGGUGGUUAACACUGGUCUGAGGUGGGAUGUAAAAGGUACUUAUGUAUAAUAUGUAGAUUUUAAUGCAGUUUUAACAAUGACCAUAUAACACAUGAUGUUAGUCAUAUUGGUGAGAAUUUUGAACUUUGAAGUUCUUGGAAUAUUUCUGAAGACCAACACUUCUUAAAAAAAAAAAGAGUUUAUGCAUAGCCUAGUUAGUGUAGACUUUUGAAAGUUGAAUACAUUGGUACAUUGAUGUCUCUGUAAAAUGCCAAGUCAUGGUUAGACUAUUCAAUUAUUUAUGAAAGGGACACAUUACAUAAUUGCCACAUGAAUUUCUGGCUAUUUCGGGACUUGGUGGUGGUGUAUUCAGCAGGUCAGGGAUCUUUUCUGCUAUUAAUAUUUGCACAGAAAUUAAGAUGAUGUGAUGUUUUCUCAUGUUGAAGCCGGUGAACAGUAUUCCAUACAAACAUCCCUGUUUUUUUAAGUUGUUCUUUAUUUGCUGCUUGUUAGGUUUUGUGUAGCUGUCCAGAACUAAAAGUUAUUUUCCAGUUCAAUUACAGGCAGUUCAUAGGAUAUGAAUGAGAUCUGUUCCCUAAGUCUGUCUUUAAAUCGAAUUUCAGAAUACUAAUUAUACAGCACAUAAUAAAGUAAUAAUAAAAGUAAAUACAUAUGGUACUGUACUGUACCACAAGCCGACACACCACUGAAGCCACGCAAUGUUUUCAUAAGCGUCACAAAGUAAUAAGUACAUUCAUUAUUACAAGCCAUUGUAUUUAACUAAAUAUUAAAUGUAAUAGGCUUUACGACAGUCCGUUCGUAAGUAUGAGUUGUCUGUAAGUUGGACAUUAAGUGGGAGACUACCUGUACAACAAAUUAUUUACUUUGCUACUCUUAGGAGUAUGUCACGAAAUAGAGGUAAAUUAAAUUCUGUCAUGGUCAUACACAGUGUUGAAUUAUCCAUUAUUAUGUAGUAAUUUUGUAUUUGGUCCCUUUUAUCAUGUUCUAUUUUGUUAAAGUGCCUGCUAUUAAUAUAUGUUAUAACCAGGGGAAUGAUCCAGAUGGAAUCAUAAAAAGGACUAUAUGUAUUUCAAGGUAACGAAUUCCUUACUAAGAAAUCAAUUGCAGUAACCCAUAGAAAUUUACCAUUUAAAAAAUAUAUAUAUAUAAAUAAAGAGAUGUAUAACAAAUGUCGUGCACUUGUUUGAUGUACCAGUAAUACUGGUUUUGCUGUAUAGAGAUUUAUGCACUAGUACCUGUGUCUGACUAGGUACAUGGUGCCCUUGUUUGACAUUUUGUUUAUGUGCACUUUUUAUUACAACGAUCUCCUCAUCGUAUUCAAUAAAUAUUGUUUGAUUUUGAA